AUGUCUGGAGCUGCGGGGAAACACAGCAUCUCUUCCGACUUUACCUGGUCAGACGAAUACGACACAACUCUGGAUCGUAUCGCAUCCACGGACAAUGUUGAGACAGAGUGGCUCAAACUGCGUGACAUCCUGAAGUACAAAAUAGACAGGAACAUCGCGUCUUUCCUCGCCGAUGCCGAGAAGCUGAAGGAAUCCCGGACUCAAGUACCAUCGUUCUCGUCUGCGCCUUCGACCAGCGGCGGACUCAAACUACCACCUUUCGAAGCCCGUGAACGUGACGAAUCAAACCCUAAUGAGGCACCCAAAGCCAUCCUAGAGGAAGAAGAGACCAAUGCCGCAAAACGGUACUUGUACGCUCAAAUAGACUCAUUUGAUGGUGCCCCAUUCACCAUACAACGGCUAUGUGAUCUUUGUGUUCGUCCACGAGAGCACUACAAAUAUGUCGGCAAAUACAUCCGUGCUUUAGAAAAGAACCUAUACGUGACGUCCACUUGGGACUCCUUCCCUCCGCUCCCUCCCGAAUCCACUUCAGAACCAAGCGCUAUCGCAUCUACCGCCCUCGGAACUAUCCCAUCCGCACCAAACACACCGCUCUUCUCUCCGAUACCUUUCCUUCACACCGAUGCUCGGCGCUCCAAGUCUCGCAGCCCGCCACCCUCGCCACUUGCGCUCAAUUCGGUGGAUCCAGCUGGCGGUGUGCCCGUAUUGGGAUUGGAGUCGAGUGGGCUGGGACUUGUGGAUGAGAUGGAUGAUCCUCGACCGGGCCACAUGAGCGACCAUCCUACAGCGCUGUCAUCGGUGACCAGCGUUGGGGAGGGCUCGUCUGUGAAGAGCCUAGAGGAUAGGUUCGUGAAAUCGAGCGAGGAGAAGGCGGGAAGUGGAAGUGCAGAGGAAAGCGAGGAGCCAGAAGCGAAGAGGCAGAAGCAUGAUGAAGUGGAAGAUAUGGUGUUGGACGAACGUGAAGGCGAUAAAGAAAACAAGAGCUAG